AUGCAUCGAACGAUCGAAAGGUUAGAGAAAGCGAAUCGUCAAUUGGAAGAAGACAAUCGUCAGUUGAAAGAAGCGAUUUGUCAAUUGACAGGAACAAUUCAAGAAUCAAGCGAGUCAAAUGAAAUGGCUCAAACCGAUGAAGACGGUGAAUAUUCUUAUGUCGGACCAAUUUCGAACGAAAAUGUUCUGAAAUUGAAGAUUAUCAUGCAGAUCCUCUUUCUUCCCUUUGAAGUGAAAGUAAAGUAUUCUAGUAUUGGUACGAGAAGAAAAGCAUAA